AGGCGACAGAGGGCGCCUCGCGCCGCGGAAUAGGAAAGUCGGUUGUCGGGGUGGUGGAGCGGUAUAACGCGCGCGCGUGAGGCGCGAAGUGCUCGCGCUGCCAUUUCCCCUUCCCCAGCCCCGAGAGUCGCCGUUGGCGAUAUCCCUAAGCCCCUUCCUGCCAGCCUGUUGGACUGAGUGGAGAAGAGGAAAAUCUAAUCGGUCCCUGUGGUGUCCUGCCAGCAGCUGAGACCUGUGAUUGCCAAGGCAGAUAUUGCAAAUAUGCAUGAUGAAAGUACAGAUGUAACAAAUGGAUGCAGCAAAGUUCGAACUGGUACUCAAAAUGAGGCUGCCUUACUAGCUUUGAUGGAAAAGACUGGCUACAGCAUGGUUCAAGAAAAUGGACAAAGAAAAUUUGGUGGUCCUCCACCAGGUUGGGAAGGUCCUCCCCCACCUCGUGGCUGUGAAGUUUUUGUGGGAAAGAUUCCUCGUGAUAUGUAUGAAGAUGAAUUAGUUCCUGUUUUUGAGAGAGCUGGGAAGAUUUAUGAAUUCAGGCUGAUGAUGGAAUUUAGUGGCGAGAAUCGAGGAUAUGCUUUUGUGAUGUACACAACCAAAGAAGAAGCCCAGCUGGCGAUCAGGAUCCUUAAUAAUUAUGAAAUUCGUCCAGGAAAAUUUAUUGGUGUCUGUGUAAGCUUAGACAACUGCAGGUUAUUUAUAGGAGCUAUUCCAAAAGAGAAAAAGAAGGAAGAAAUCUUGGAUGAAAUGAAGAAAGUUACAGAAGGAGUGGUUGAUGUUAUUGUUUAUCCAAGUGCUACUGACAAAACUAAAAAUCGUGGCUUUGCCUUUGUAGAAUAUGAAUCUCACAGGGCUGCCGCUAUGGCUAGAAGAAAACUAAUCCCAGGAACAUUCCAACUAUGGGGACAUACUAUUCAAGUAGAUUGGGCAGACCCAGAGAAAGAAGUUGAUGAAGAAACAAUGCAGAGAGUUAAAGUGUUGUAUGUAAGAAACUUAAUGAUCUCUACUACGGAGGAUGCAAUUAAGGCUGAAUUUAACAAAUUCAAGCCAGGAGCAGUUGAACGUGUAAAGAAACUGAGAGACUAUGCUUUUGUUCAUUUUUUCAACCGAGAGGAUGCAGUUGCAGCCAUGUCAAUUAUGAAUGGAAAAUGUAUUGAUGGUGCUAGUAUUGAGGUAACACUGGCAAAACCUGUAAACAAAGAAAGCACUUGGAGACAGCAUCUGAAUGGUCAAAUUAGUCCUAAUUCUGAAAAUCUUCUAGUUUUUGCUAACAAGGAAGAUGGCCAUCAAAAAUCAUUAGGAAAAUCAGCAAAUCUUUCAAUUCGCCUUAAUGGUCAGCAGAGUCCAAGCCCCCCUGAAAUUGAAAGGUGUACUUACCCGUUUUUUCCAGGCACAAAGCUUACUCCAAUUAGCAUGUAUUCUUUAAAAUCCAAUCAUUUCAGUUCUGCAGUAAUGCAUUUGGAUUAUUACUGCAACAAAAACAACUGGGCACCACCAGAAUAUUAUUUAUAUUCAACAACAAGUCAGGAUGGUAAAGUACUCUUGGUAUACAAAAUAGUUAUUCCUACUAUUGCAAAUGGAUCCCAGAGUUAUUUUAUGCCAGACAAACUCUGCACAACAUUAGAAGAUGCAAAGGAAUUGGCAGCCCAGUUUACAUUGCUACAUUUAGGGUCGUCAGGAACAAAUCAGGGAAGGAAUUGUAGCUGAAUGAAAAAUGCCUUCUCUUGCUGUGGAGGGGAAAUAAUCUGCUACUUCGCUUUUAUGCCAGGAAUAUGUUGCAGCUGCAUAAGGGAGUGCUUUGUUCCCAUAUUCCCUUGUUUGGCCACUUUGGAUGACAUGUUUUUCCUGUUGUAGAUUGGUGACUUGAAUAAAUUAUCAAAAUAAAAUUGGCAGAUGUAGUUCAUAUUCUUUUUUUCCUCUCCAGUCUCUCUCUUCAUGUCAUUUCGUUUGACCAGAAAGACGCAUGUUUGCCUUUCUUUGUGCUAGUUUCGAUCUUAAUGUGUGUUGAUAGUCCAUUCUUAUAUUCCU